AUGGAUGCUCGGCGUUCCUUUACUCAGCCGCGCCAGUCGGUUUUCUCAGCAGGAGGGUCCGUUGUACCGCUGAACGAAGGCCCAGCAAACCAUCUAAGUUAUCUUCAUGCAACUGUUCAAAUGGUUGCGAGGUGUAGUUCCACUUUGGGAGAAAUAGCAGAUGAACAAAAAACGGAAGGAAUACAUGAUUUGGACCGGAUGAUGCGCAUUAUUGAGAAUCAGCGGCUCUUCGUGCUCAUUGAUGAGCCUCAACUCAAAGCAGCUCAAAACCAGCUGGAAGAUGAGAUCGGCCCACAGCUAAACACGUUGCUCGAGCGGGCUGAAAAAGCAAUCGAGGUGCUGGAUGCCAAAGAGCAGUCUCUUUUAUCUAGGGCAACUAUCAAGUCGAGUCAGGCAGCUGCGGUGGCCAAAGCUUCGGCUGCGGCUUCGAAACGUGGUGAUGCGCGCCGAUUACAGAUUCUACAAGCUCGCAGGGAGAAGGCAGAGAGAGAAUUAGAUGAGGUCGAGGCCGAGAUUAGAAAGAUGGAGGCCGAGCUAAUGAAGGGCUAA